AACAGGCGAUGCCUGCUCGGCUUUCCCUUCGCUGUUCCUCCUGCAGAACACAGAUAGGGUUCUUCCUUGCGCUGAGGGAGGACUGAGAGACAGAGACAGAGACAGAGUCAGACAGAGAAUUAACUUAAAAGUUAUUUUCUUGAGCUUUUUUCGUUAAAACCCAGAAGCUAAAAUGGCCAAGCGCGAGCUUUCUAGCACUCUGAAAAACCUGAAGUUCAUGCAAAGGGCUGCUGCGAGAGAGGAAAACACCAAGAAAGAGGAGGAAUUCAAAUCUGAUGGGAAUUUCUGUUCCCCUGGUACCGUUAAUCGAAAGUGUGUGGUUAUAAUGGAAGGUAAUCCCCAUCCUGGAGCAAUUAAAGGCCGCAUGUCAUUUCAAAGUUUUAAUCCUUCUAUUGAUAAACUGAAUGAAGCAGCAGCAAACCCAGUGUGUGCCACUUCUUCUGGCAGUCAAAGUGGAGAAAUAUUUUUUAGAGAAAAUGGAUCAACUGAUGGAUCAGAGCACAUGAACGUUGAUGAAUCGAAUUACAAGGCUAAUGGCAAUCAUAAGAGAAAACAAUCCGAUGUAGUGUCUGAAACACAAAAUCCAAAUAAAUCCCCAAAACAUGUUCAAGGUAAUCAACCAUCAUCACCAAAUAAUAGUAAAGGCUCCUUCAAGACCCCAAAGGGUCAUAGGCUGGACUGGAGUGUUCUUAGACCGCCAAAGAGUCAAAACAAAAACAAAAGAGGGUGAGCAUCUUCAAUGUUCUUAUUCACAGCUGUGCCAAUUUCUUCUUGAUUUGCUUUGUCCGAAAAUUUGAAUCUGUAAUCUCUUGUUCUGUUAUUGAUACUAGGUUUUUUUAAACAAUUAUUAAUUGUAGAAGGUGGAAUUUAAGUUCAUUAAAGCUCCUUUCAAGCC